AUGUGCGAUUGUAAUAUUUCCUGUUAUCGUGAGCCGCCACCAAAAGAAUUUCGGGGACUUUCCGUUCUCAUGCUGGACUGCUGGCAGCGCGAAUACGAUAAGCGGCCAUAUCGGAAUUUUCGCUUUGAUCGUUUGCACUUCGAAGAACGUUUUGAACGCAAAUAUUACCCAACUAGGGAUUUUCCCUAUAUUGUAUACUUUAUGCAAUGGCGGCGUUUAUCUAGUGUUAAAUUGGUGGGUUUUCGUGUCUUUACAAUGUUGGAUGGUUUUGUGGAGGCCCUAACCAAUCUUAAACGUAUCGAAUUGAAACUAAUGGAUUUGCCCUUAUUAUUUUUUCAACUAUUCAGAGAUAACGUCCAUAAUAUUCACGUUGAAGAAUUAAUUUUAGAAGGUACACCCUUGACAAAAGACGAUGUACAAUGUUUGCGUUCUAUAUUAAUUAAAUCGAAAUUAUUGCGUUACAUCAAUGUGGGCAAUUGUAGAAUAACUCAGUACAAUUUUGCUGAAUUAGCCGAUGGUAUUCAUAAAUCUGAGUCUAUUGUUGGUUAUAAUUGUAAUCGCAUCUUAGGAAAGAAUCUAUCAUUGGAUUCGGAAAAAAUUGCUUAUACCGUGUCUUCGAUGAUUUGGCAAAAUAAACUGCAGGAAAUUGAAAUGCAACAAUGCGAGUUUGUAGCCCAAGAUAUGGAAAUUAUCGCAGAGUACAUGUCUUAUAAAUGCUCAUAUUUGCGUAAACUAAAUGUUGCCAAUAAUAAGAUCGGGCCAGAUGGCGCUCUUUAUUUGUUGAAAGCAAUUGUCUCUAGUGGUACACUGACCCAUCUCGAUUUGAAUGGUUGCGGUUUGGGAAAUCAUGGCGGCGAAUUAAUAGCCAAAUAUAUCAGCUCAUGCUAUACGUUACAGUAUUUGAAUAUAUGCUUCAAUAAUAUUAAUUCGGCGGCAAUUAAUUGCAUUUUGUUAACUAUGAAGAAACCGAUUAAAUUACAUAAACUCCAAAUGUAUGGCAAUAAAUAUAAUCCAAAGACUGGUAACAUACUUCGACGUCUAUUGGGUGCCGGCGUGUUAUUACAGGAUAAUAUUGAUUUAACGGUGACUUUCGAUGAUACUAUACCCGGUUAUCGUGUCAUACCAUGGAGGUCGUAA